AUGUACGAUAUAUAAAAUGUAAUCAAGAGAUGCAUAGAAGAAAGAAUAACAAUUCUUACAGGGAGAUCAAGUAGAGCAGAUCGAUCCUAAGUGAAUUCAAGUAUGAUAAUGUCUAGAGUAAAGACUAAAGAUAAUACCUAUUAAUUUAAUGAAUCUAAUUCACUCUACAAAUACGAUGUUGAAUUGCUUUAUUAAACAGAAUUAGAAUACAACCCUAAAUUUCUUAUUAAAAAUAAAGUUAAAAAAGAAACUUUAUCUGAUUGUUCUGAAUGUUAUGAACUACCUAAAAUAUCAUUAUUGGACUAACAACCUAUAAAAAAAUAUUCCAUGUGUAAUAGUUAACAUGAUUCAUCUGGAAUUACAUCAAGAAAAAAUACUUACAAUAAAUAUAUGAAAUUUUCUAAUCGUUUGAAAACAAUGAAAGUUGGUUAUUUAUCAUUAGAUCCAGAUAGUUCUUACACUCAAGAAAUUUUUAAAUUGUUGUCAAAUUCAAGUGUCUAUUAAGAAAUUACUAAACCAUAAGUAAACCAAUUAGUUAAAUAGGCUAGUUAGUGAAUUAUUUAACUAAAUAAUUAGGUUUUUAGGCAAGCGUUUAAAGAUUAGUAAACUUGAUGUAAUUACCUUAUUCAAUUACAUAAGCAGUUUUUCGAUCCUUAUUAUUUUAAAUUAGAGAAAUGACACAAUUAUGUAAUAUAUAUUCUAGAUUAUAGAAAUAAUUUAAUUAGUCUUUUGUUGUUAUGAUACAAUGUCUAAAAAAUACUUAAAUACUAGAGAUAUUUUUGAGUUAUUUAAAUCUGGUGGUGCAGCAUAAAAAGAUGCAGAUAUCAUAUUUAAAUAUUAACGAUUUCAAACUAUUAGAAAUCCAUUUGAAUUUCAUACUACGAUUUCAUCUAAGAAGAAAAAUAAACAAAAACCAUAAAAAAAUAUUGUUAUUACAAUGAUGAAAGAAAAAUCUAGAAGGUUAUCUGAAUAUCAUACUAAAAAAUCUAAUUAUGAUAAUAAUAUUAUCACAGAAACAACCUUUGUGGAAAUUUAUUAAAAUACCAUUCCUGAAUUUUUUAAAUUUCUUGUCUAUUUAUUGGCAUAAUAUAACUGUGAAUGA